GAAUCCGCCUCGGUGUUUUCACUCGCCUCAACGCAGGUCAAAGGUAAGGGGGGUAAAAAAAAAAACAACAUUUAAAAUGGCCUUCGCUGGUGUCCUCAAAGAAGCCGAUGUGAAAGCAGCGCUGGAUGGCUGCGCAGCCGCCGACUCCUUCAACUACAAGAGUUUCUUCAGUGUGUGCGGCCUGGCCGGCAAGUCUUUCGACGACGUGAAGAAGGCCUUCCAGAUCAUCGACCAGGACAACAGUGGCUUCAUUGAGGAGGAUGAGCUCAAGCUGUUCCUGAAGAACUUCUCUGCGUCCGCCAGAGCGCUCACCGACAAGGAGACCAGAGCCUUCCUCACCGCCGGUGACAGCGAUGGCGACGGCAAGAUCGGAAUCGAGGAAUUUGGUGCCCUCGUCAAGGCAUAAAGUCCCCCUGAACCAAGAUCCUCUUGAUUUCACGGUCCUCCUCCUCUUCGCGGGAUCCGGUAAUCAGCAGCUGAAAGAAUAUUUUUUUUGAUAGCUUAUCGAUGAGUUGCCUGGGGACUAUUUCGCAACACGGAUCACGUCUUUGCACUGCUCUGUGUGUGAAUGUUCGGAAACUUGUGCGAGUUGUACACCAUCUGCACUUUUGAGGCAGAGUGAAAAAACCGGGAAUAAAUACUCUUUUGGUGUAAAAAAAAUCAUCUCUCUGGUGGCCUGCUUGUUUGUGCACUGAUUGACAGUUAACACACACACACACAAGCCACAGUGAUGAUGUCGUUGGAAUGGGCUCGGGAAUUUGGCAGGGAAAAACGGCGCCCGCACCUGCCAGGCUUUUUGAAUACAGGAGGUUAAUAGUGGAAGUG